AUGUGGCUCUCACCGUCCUCGGCUUCAGCCGGAGCGAUCGCCACGUCCCUCCUGCUGUUGUCUGCGGCGGCGGCAACACGCGUAGAUGGCGGCUCCAACAAACUGAAUGAAUACCUUGCCGUACACCCUGUACCUAUCAAGGCGGCGGCCGCCGUUCCUGCAUCCGGCAGCACCAAGGCCAACGCACUUGCCCCGGAACUCAUCACGGCGGUGCUCAGUGAGUGUCCAUCAGGAUGUGUAGACGCCGGCUCGACCAGCAGCAACUGGACUGUCUAUCCCCGUCUGGGCCGAUUAGCCAUGUGCAACCAGACCAUGCUGCUCGACUUCUCCCUUCACACGUCACUGCGCAAGGACGAGACGGUUCGCGCCUGUACUGGCGAUUCCACAGCCAUAGCCGGCCACACGACCAAGGACGCCUCUUGCCUGCCCAGCGGCAGCGUGACGCAGGCCCGCGAGUCGCUGCAGCUGGCCUUUAACAAGACGGCCACGCAAGCUACAGGCGGAGAUCUUGCGGCCGCAGCGCAGCAACUCGCCGCUGCUUGGUCGCAGCGCAACAGCUCGGCGUGCACCGACACAACUGCCUUUGCUUACUCCAACACGGCUGCCUUCGGUCUCUUCGCCGGCGCUGGAGUCGGUGAUGUCCCAUCCGUUGUGCUGCAGGAAUUUCUCGCAAAGAUCAAGACGCCCGACUUCUCCGGCAGCGCCGUGGUGCAGCUGUGUGCCAAGGACGGUCGCAGCUCCAAAUACAGCUUCGGCAUUGUCGCGAGUGGAGGAGGCGACGUGCGCGUGGUUCAGGAUGCCGUCGCCGCGUGGGCGUCGGCUGAGUGCCUUAUUACUUACGACGCCGCCGAAGACUGGCGUGAUAUCACGUUGUCUGUGCCGAGUCUGUUGAGCAACGGCACGGCGGGCAAUGUCACGACUACUCCUUCCCGCAACAGCACAGUUCCUCUCAAGAAAGUCAACAAAAGGGCCCAGUGUUCGACCAGGCAGGUUGUCUCAGGCGAUUCCUGUGGAUCCCUUGCAGCUGAGUGCGGUAUCUCCGGCGCCAACUUCGACAAAUACAACCCUGGCGAGGGCUUCUGCUCCAAGUUGACGCCUGGUCAGCACGUCUGCUGUUCCGCCGGCACGUUGCCUGACUUCCGCCCGAAGCCCAACGCCGACGGCACCUGCGCCUCGCACUACGUGGAAAAGGAGGAGAACUGCGCGGCCCUGGGUGCCGCAAACAGCCUCACCAAUGCGGAGAUUGAGAGCUUCAACAAGAAGACGUGGGCUUGGGAUGGCUGCAACAAUCUGCAAGCGUACCAGUACAUCUGCCUGAGCACGGGCGAUCCCCCAAUGCCGGCGCCCAUUGCGAACGCCAUCUGUGGGCCCCAGAAGCCAGGCUCGCAACAGCCAGCAUCAGGUGUGUCGCUGGACAGCCUGAAUCCGUGUCCGCUCAAUGCCUGCUGUAACAAAUUCGGCCAAUGCGGCAUCAACCAAGACUUCUGCACCAAAUCCAAGUCGGCCACGGGCGCCCCGGGCACCUCAGCCCCUGGCACCAACGGCUGCAUCUCCAACUGUGGCAUGGACGUCGUCGUCGGCAGUGCGCCCGCCGCGUCCGUCAGCAUUGGCUACUUCGAGGCCUUCAACCGCAACCGGCCCUGUCUGAACAUGGUCAUCACCGCCAUGGACCUGACCCCUUACACGCACGUCCACCUGUCAUUUGGCGAAGUCACCAGAAGCUGGGAUGUCGACGUUAGCGGUAUCCAGGAGCAGUGGGAGUUGUUCCUGGAACAGGCGGGCUUCAACAAGAUCUUGUCACUAGGCGGCUGGGCCUUCUCCACCGAGCCGGGAACGUAUUCCAUCUUCCGCGACGCGGUUGCGCCCGGCAACCAGGAUACCUUUGUUGCCAACAUCGUGUCAUUCGUAACUAAGUAUGACCUGGAUGGCAUUGACAUCGAUUGGGAGUACCCUAAUGCUCCCGAUAUCCCGGGCAUUCCAGCUGGCACCGAAGCCGAUGCUACGAACUACCUCAGCUUCCUCAAAAAGCUGCGGGCCGCGAUGCCGUCUGGCAAGACUGUCUCGUUCUGCGCGCCGGCGUCCUACUGGUAUCUGCGCGGCUACCCCAUCAGUGAGAUGGCCGAAGUGGCUGACUACAUUGUCUACAUGACCUACGACCUCCACGGCCAGUGGGAUUACGCGAACAAGUUCGCCAUCGACGGCUGUCCAGAGGGCAACUGCCUGCGCUCACAGGUCAACAUCACCGAGACGCUCCAGUCGCUGGCCAUGAUCACCAAGGCCGGCGUGCCAUCCAACAAGCUUGCUGUUGGCGUCGCCAGCUACGGCCGCUCGUUCGAGAUGACGACGGAGGGCUGCACCGGGCCCAUGUGCACCUACACCGGCGGCCCAUCUGGUGCCUAUCCCGGGCCAUGCACAGGCACCGCGGGCUACAUCUCCAAUGCCGAGAUCAGAGCCAUCGCGGACGGCACUGGCAGUUGGCAGGACUCGACGGGCGCUGUGCAUCACGUCAACUCGUACUCAUCGUACUUUGAUCAAGACAGCCAGUCGGACGUCGUCGUGUAUGAAGGCACUCAAUGGGUCGGCUACAUGAACGACGACACCAAGCAGGACCGCACAGAGCUCUACAAGUCUCUGAACAUGGCCGGCGUGAUCGACUGGGCCGUCGAUCUGAACGGAUACGAGGGCGCCCCCAUCUCGCCUGGCGCUGCCGCCAACAUCGUCUAUCCCCCACAGAGCAUUUGGGACUCAUCUGACCCGCUGGCGGCCUGCAAGCCUCCCUGCGUCGUCGUCCUGCCGCCAUACCCGCUGACUGGCGCCCACACGGUGACCUCGUGGCCCGCCCUGACCACCACGCUGCUGUCCUCUAACGCAGCGGACGGCCAUGUCUAUGUCAAGACGACGACAAUCCCCGUGCCGAGCUUCGCUAUCAGCGAGGUCAAUCUGCAGCCCCUGACGCUGUAUGCAACCGACACGGACCAGUACACCAUCAACCCAAUGCAGAGCAUCAUGCCUCCUUCCUUCCUCUGGACACUGCCUCCAAACUAUGCCACCUUCCCCGCCACAAAGCCCACUCCCGCGGCGUCCAUUCCCGCCAUGUCCACGGGUAACGGCGUACCUAUGACCACGAACAGCGCCGUGGCGACGUCUUCGGACAGCGGCGUUCCUUUGGCCAUCAUCUCUCUGGUCACCUUCUUCCCGACCUCUGUUGCCGUCACCAUUCAACCCCAGCCCACGUUCUCGGUCGAGUACCCCAAGCCGCCCGUCCCAGGGGGUCCUCUUACCCUCAAAUCCACCAGUACCACGAACCCCAGCAGCACGAAGACCGGUACCUCGCCGACCAGCACCUCGGACCCCGACUCCGACUCGGGAUCGGACAGGCGUGGUACACGCGACUGCAGCACCUUUGGCUGCCCCGGUGGCAGAGGCACCGAUGUUGACGGCGGUGGCGGCGGCGGCGGUGGGUGCGGCAAGUUCAGCUGCGACGGUGGGUGUGGCAUCUUUGGCUGCGGUGGCGGGUGCGGUGUCACAGGCUGCAUACCGAGCUGCCCGCUGGGCUCAUGUGGUGGUUUGGGCUGUCUCCUUCCCGGCGGCUGUGGAAAUACCCAGGGCUCUAAUGGCGGCGAUAGCAGCAACGAGUGCGAGACCAAGGUGACGGUGUCGGCGUGCACGUAUCUGGUGACGAGUUAUAGCGCGUGGUAUCUGGCUUCCUCGACGACCACCACGGAAACUGACUGCGCGACCAAGACGGCUUGCAACGGACUGGAUACCUCGUUUACGACGACGCCUGGCGUUCCAGAGUGCACGCUCGAUCCGGAUGUCGCGAGGGCAAUGGAUGCUGAGGCGGCAGACGACAAGACGCGGAUUGAUGGGACUGAUAUACCAAAGGAGUACUGGCCGACAAACCCAGCGGGGUAUGAUGGAUCCAAGUUCACCCUUACGCAGUUUGGGCUGUCAGAGACAAUCACGGUUGUGAAGACCACCACAACGACCUCCCACUCCACUACUACCAAGACGGUUGAGGUGCCGAAAGUAGCAAGCGCGAAGUGUGAUUACAGUUAUGAAGGAUUGUUCUUGAUGUUCAGAGUCUACAAGAUGGACGGCUGGGCCAACGAUGGCGGCGACAGCCUGAAAAAAGAGGAAAAAGGCUGCGGUGCUCUGACAGGCUGGGACUUCGUUGAAUCAAGAACAGACUGGGGAACGUGGGCCUACUUCCAGCUCCCCGUCCUUAUGAAAGCCGGAUGCGUGGAGCGCGCCAUCGUCUCGGCCGGCGGGCCCAAGUUGUCCUGUAAAGACAUGGGCGACGACGAAUGGGCGAAAGACAGUCCUCGCCGGCGCGACACAGCGCCCAACACGUUGCCGAGCGACAACUCGGACAGAACGCCCAAUUUCUUGCCGACCAACAGCACGGACAAGGGGGACACGACCAACCCGUACGCGCCCAUGGUUUGGGGCGACGGUGACACGGUGACGCUCACGGCGACCAUCGAUGUGCUCGGGACGUCGACGUAUACGACUGAGAUUUACAUUGCCACGUUGGUAGAGCCAGUGUCAAGCACAGAGACGAAGUCCUUGACCACAGAGACGAGAUCCCUCAUCACAGGGACCACGACAUCAGCAUCUACAAGAACAGCAACCACGACGACUGCAAGCACAGCCCCCACAUCCACAGGCACAGUCUCACCCGACGGCAUUUGCGGCGGCGCAGACGGCUUCAUUUGCCUUGGAAGUGGAUUUGGCGAUUGCUGCUCCGCAUACGGCUACUGCGGUUCUUCGAGCGAUUUCUGUGGUACGGGAUGCCAGAGCGCGUUUGGCAUAUGUGAGCAAGGAGCCAGCAACAAGGUUUCACCCGAUGGCUUAUGUGGUGGAGCCAACGAGUACGUGUGUGCUGGAAGUGGGUUUGGCGAUUGCUGCUCUGCAUACGGAUACUGCGGUUCUUCGAGCGACUUCUGUGGUACGGGUUGCCAGGGUGAGUUUGGGACUUGUUAAAUGCUGGGAUUGGGUGUGGGGGAGAGGGUAACAGCCCCUUAGGAGGUCCUGAAGAAAAGACUUACGAC